UAAAACAGGGUAACAGUCGGCUUAUAAACGAUUGCGGCGGUAUCCCAUUGUCAAGUUGUCAACCCUCUAAAGCUCCAUUACAACAACGAUAGUCCAGAAACAACCCUCCUACCAAAUCUUAAUCCUUGUCGAAGUCCGUUUUACUUGACUUGGACUUGAUAUUAGUAUAAUUUCUUCCAAAACCCAUAUCAAAAAUUACGCCGAUCGGGAAAAAGAAAAAAAAAAUACUAAAAAUUAUUGGUACUGAGGAUUCCCUCGAUUUCUCCGGUAAUUUUCUUUUUUUGAGGCAGAAAGAUCAAGCGAUUCGGAGCUUGAGGAAGCUAAUUGGAUAUACUUAAAGGUUAAUUUCUUUGUUUAUCAUAUUGAAGAUUAAUGAGAUUCAGAAUUUGAUUGAAAAAAAACUCAGUUAUGUGGUUGUUUAGAAGAAGCAAAAAUGGUCCAUCUGGGUUUUCAUCUUCUACUACAGCUGAGGAAGUAACUCAUGGAAUCGAUGCAUCUGCUCUUACUGCUAUUGUCACUGGUGCAUCAAGUGGUAUUGGUGUUGAGACUGCACGUGUUCUUGCGUUGCGUGGAGCUCAUGUAAUCAUGGCGGUAAGGAAUAUGACUGCAGGUAGAGCUGUCAAAGAUGCAAUAGUAAAAGAAAACCAUGAUGCCAAAGUUGAAGUGAUGGAGUUAGAUCUUAGCUCCAUGGCGUCAGUGGGAAAAUUUGCGACUGAAUUCAAUUCCCUUGAUCUUCCACUUAAUAUUCUUAUUAACAAUGCAGGAGUUGGGACCUCCUUCAAGCUUUCCGAAGACAAUAUAGAGCUGGUGUUUGCAACAAAUCAUUUAGGUCAUUUUCUUUUGACUGAACUUUUACUAGAAACCAUGAAAAACACGGCCUGCCAAAGUAACAUAGAAGGAAGAAUUAUCAACCUCUCAUCUGACUUACACAAGUUUUCCUAUGACGAAGGGAUUCGUUUUGAUAAACUCAACGAUGAAUUAGGGUAUAAUAUCUGGAAAUCAUACUCACAAUCGAAACUCGCGAAUAUACUGCACGCUAAUGAGCUUGCAAGAUGCCUCAAGGAGGAUGGGGUUCAAGUAACAGCAAAUUCUCUUCAUCCAGGAGCUGUAGCGACCAAUAUUUUUCGCAAUACCUUUUUAAGUGGAUUUGUUUCGACGCUGGGAAAAUUGGUUUUUAAAAAUGCGCAACAGGGGGCAUCAACAACAUGCUAUAUUGCGUUACAUCCGAACGUCAAAGGUGUAAGUGGGGAAUAUUUUGAAGACAACAACAUCUCAAAAUCAGACCCCAAAGCCCAAGAUACAGAAUUAGCUAAGAAACUAUGGGAUUUCAGCAUGAAAUUGAUCCACCAUGCUUGAAUAUGUUUCUGUAAUGUGAUGCUCUUAUGUGCAUUACUGCGGUCGUCGUAGAUAGUUUUUUUAUCUCUUUUUUCUUUGCCAUUGACAGUUUAGCCCAGAUAACAAAAGGUCACAUUUGUCAUAGCUUUUUUUAUCUGUCCUCAUGGGUCACAUUUGGUUAUGCAUGGAAUCAAUGAUAUACUACAUUGUUUCACAUCGUAAUGUCAAGAGGUGUAAAUGCAUAGUGGAGAACAACAUUUCAAAAAAGGAACUCAAAAGCUCAAGGUAUGAAAUUUAGCCAAGAAAAUAUGGGAUUUCACCAUGAAAUUGACCCACAGUUGAAAAUGCUUAUCUACUGUCCUAGUCUAGUCUGCUCUAUAGUUGUAUUCUAGUGUACUUGUUAUUGAUGAUUAUAUUAGAAAUCCAUUUCCUGGCUAUCCAUUGCAAUAUAUUCUGCUUUUCUUUCGCAUUUCCAUUCUUCCAAGUGUUGUUAGCAUUGUGCCUGAGUUGUCUUUUAAGCGAUGGAAGAGCCAAGGCUGUUUAAACAAGCUAAUUGAUACCGCAGCUGGGGCUAUUUCCGGUGGCAUAUCUCAAACCAUAACAUCCCCAUUUAGAUUUCAGGUUCAACUGGAGCCAACUUCAUCUGGGCAUUACUUCGUAAAGAGAUGUACAAGUCGUCAAAAUAUACUGGGAUGAUGUAAGCAACUAAGACAUUCUCAUAGAAGAAGGUUUACCGGGUUUUGGCGUGAUACUGUCCCAGCAAUACUCAUGGUGAGUCCCCUUACUUGUGUUACUUAAGUGGAGCAUUAGCAGGGUGUGCAGCAACUGUGGGAUCUGAUACGAACCAUUUUUAGCGCCCAAGGGGGAGCCAAAGGUUUAUACAACCAUGAGAUCUACUUUUGUUGAUUUCGUAAGAAAUGGUGGCUUUCGAGGUUUAUACGCAGGAUUAGCACCGACUUUGGUGGAAAUCAUUCCUUGUGCUAGUCUGCAAUUUGGAACUUAUGUAUGACACGGACACCUUCAAUGGCUGGACCUUGCAGUUGAACAGGUUCAGAUCGUCCAACCAAGGUUCAAAAUUUACGAGUCAAAGGUUAUCUAACUUCCAGCUUUUUGUAUGUGGGUUAGGUUUCUGGUACAUGUGCCAAAGCUGUCUGCCACGCCCUUGAUGUGGUCAAGAAAUGGUUCCAGAUUAUAGGACUUUUUAGGGACCCUGAGUGGAGCUCGGGUGGAUCACUAUGGAUGGCAUGUUCGAUGCCCUGAGGCGCAUCUUGGUAACUGAGGGGUGGGAUGGUCUUUCCAAGAGUAUCGUCCCUUCUGUAAUAAAAGCUGCUCCAGCGGUGCAGUCACAUUUGUUGCUUACAGAUACAUCAGAAUGAGCUUGAAUAUCCCCAUUUACAAUUUCUUCAAGCCAUGCAACAAGAAGAGACCAACCAAGUAGUGGAUGCAAAUCAUUAAAUACACCUAAUAACAGCCAAACAAGACUGGUGGUAAACUUAAAUUUCAUACAAGUAAUGAACCAGGGAAUGCAACAUCGAAAUCGAAACUCAAGUCAUUACAGCAAUUACAAACGGAGAAAAGGAAAUCUGUACUGGACUAGACAGGAGUAGAUGAGGCAUCUGAUUACAGCUUUUUGACUCGUUAUGCAGCUCAGACUGAACUUAGAAGCAACCAGACUUACAGUCUCCUCUAACCCGAAUUCUCCACCUCAUCACCACUUGUAUUACUGCUGCUCCUCAUGAAUCCAAAUCUAUCCCUUUGUGCAAAAUUUGCAAAUUUAUACACAGAUAAAACAAGGCUAAACAAACAGUAGUUUUUGAUGGCAUAUAUUACACAGGAUGAGUUUGUUCCUCAAUUGGAAUGAGUGUGCUCUAAGCCUCCACUAUUGACAUUUAUAAAGAUGAGAAUUCAUACAUUGAAAAGUAGCAAGCUUUCCAUUUCAGGUCUUCGAUAAUCUCACGUAAUCUUCCAGCCCUGCUGUCUGCUAGAAGGAGAGAUUUCUCAAUGGCUUUUUGGGCAAUAAAAGCUGCAGAUGCAAGUUCUUCUUUUAACUUUAUCUUAUUGUUUGCUGUGUCCAAUGAAGCUUUUGUUCGAUUCAGUUCCUCUCUGAGAAUCUUGGCCUGCAUAAGUUCAAUUCAGGAGUUACAAAUUGUUUCAGAUAGAGAUGCCAGAGAGUAAUAUGUGUACCUCUUUGUCACGUUCUUCUACUGCGUUUUUCCCUGCUUCCACUUCCAGUUCACAAGCUUCCUUCCAUCUUGAAAUCUCUUCUUCCGCAGCAUUUAUUUCCACAGCGAGCUGUUCAACCUUGAAAUGAAGAAAAAGAAAACAAGUCAAGCGUGGGAACAUAAACCAGUGGUUUACCACAAAAUAUCCUUACCAGUUCGCAAGGAAAAGCACAUGAUUACAUUUUGGGAUAGAUUAGUUUCCCUUCCUUCCAAAUCCUUUAUAUACAAUGUCAGUUCUGCUAUUUGAUGAGCUUGUUUUUCUGUAA